UUAACAUAAACAAUUUAUUUUUUUUUUUUUUACAUUUUUAGUGCUUGAGCAGCAACAAUCAACUCUGCCAUCUCUGCUGUUAUCGAUAUAUCAAAACAGACAAACGGUCUGCGAAAAGUGUGACCGCUUGCCGUGCUGCUCGCAACUUUGACACGACCAGUUCCAAAAUAUCGUGAGAUUUACGCAAAACUAUUAAAAAAUGGUAGGUUGGAGCCGUUUGCUGUCGCCGGCGGCGAAGUUCGCCAGCUACCGGGCUGUCCUGCAGGAGCCCGCGUGCCGGAAUGCCCUGCAGCAACAGCUGCGCAGGAUGGGAGGCGAUCAUGGACACCACCAAAUGGUCAUCAAGCCAUCCCGUUUCCAGUGGGACAAGUUCAAGGAUCUGAUACACUUUUACGUAAUGCUCGGCGUCAUCCCAGUCACCGCAUUGGUUCUCUACGCAAACAUCUUUGUGGGACCCGCGCAGCUCGCCGAGAUUCCGGAGGGCUAUGAGCCCAAGCACUGGGAGUACGAGAAGCACCCCAUCACGCGCUUUAUUUCCCGCUACAUAUUGAACUCGGAGCAGCAAAACUACGAGAAAUCCCUGCACUAUCUCUACGAGGAGAACGAAAAAGCCCAGAUUCGGCUCCUUGAGGACGAAGUACGUCGCAAGAUGUCGGAGCGCAACGAUUACCAGGCCUACUACUACCGACCAUCGGUGGCCAAAUACCACAGGAUUUCGAAAGAGGCUGCUGACGAGCUGGAGGCUCUGCGCGGAGACUAGAACCCUUGUAAUAUUCUUUAAAUACCAUUGUUAGGCUCCCGUUUUGUGGGAAAUAAAGUGUGAAAUCGACUUCGCAA